AUGACACUUGACAAUCUAUACCAAUUCAACGACCCACUGGGCGAUAUUUUCGAUGGAGGACUGACCGGAGGUGGAGGAGGUCUGAGUCUCUCCGCGUGGGCUAGCGCACCGAGCAAUAGCUACGAUUCAGAUGAUUAUUGGGACGACGAUGACGAAGAAGACGAUAGCGAAGACUCCUCCAGAUGGAAUUGCUCCGGAGCAACAGCCGCGCAGACCCAACCACCGAAACAGCAACCCGCGGCACCCACUCGAGAAGACUCUUCCGGUUCGGUGGCUUGCCCGUUGAACUCGUGCGUUCGCAAGAUUCGAGUGCGUUUUUCAGCUCAACCCGAAGUUCGUUUGUUUGAGCGAGUUGCUAUGGAACAUUUCGGGACGUGCUGGUAUAGCUGCCAUGAAUUGCAACGCAUUAUCGACGAUGCCAAGAAAGAGAAAGAAAACAAGAACAGCAGCGACAGUACCGCGUUGUAG